AUGCAGCUGUCGUUGACUCACUUAGGUGCAAAGAACAAGAGCAUAAUAGAAGAUGUGACCUCCCCUCUGGCCAUCCCUGUUAAACUUGACGCUUUUGUCCUCAAUCCAGACAGCUAUAAUGGCACCGAACCUUGCCAGGCCAAGAUUGCCCCGUUGCAGCAGCCCAACUAUAGCUACCUGCGCAUGAAGGAGUUCAUGACGCGCAGUAAUAUACUACCCGCAGCAAAUUUACAAGCUGUAGCUCCUGUGAGGACUAACUCCCGCGUCACCAACCUAGCCACCAGGGAGCUGCGCCAAAACCAGCUGGGAGUGUAUCUGCACUGGAUGCUACCGCGUCCCUACCAGACCAGCCAAGCAGGCAUGAGACCUGCUAAUUCAGAUGCUAACCCACAGAUGCCGUCUUUCCCAGAGUGUCCUAAUCAAUGGUUAGUGAUUUAG